AUGGUACCUGAUACUAAUCUUAUGUCAAUGGCUUUGUCUAGGAUGUCAGCUUCAAAGUUGGGUGGAUUGAAGAAACAGUUGGAAGAGUUGCUUGAGAAGAAGUAUCCUCUUCUGAGAAUUGAUGAUCUGAUGGAUCAAUUGGUGGGUGCUUAUGUGUUCAGCAAGAUAUAUUUGAGGUCAGAUUAUCAUCAGAUCCGUGUGAAACCAGAUGAUAUUUCAAAGACUACAUUCAGGACAAGUGGAGGAAUUAUUGUUGAUCCAUUGAAAGUUGAUGUUGUGUUUGAGUGGGAGACUCUGAAGUCUACUACUGAGAUUCAAAUUUUCCUUGGCUUAGCUUGUUAUUAUCGUAGUUUUAUAGAAGGCUUUUCGAAGUUAGCACUGCCUUUGAAUCAAUUGACUCGAAAGGGUCAAGCUUAUCUAUAG